AUGUUUACCCCAGAUAAGAAGCGGGAGCUGAACGGCCUCCCGGCAGCAGCCCUCCUGCAUUGCAGAUCUUGCACGGAGGAGCAGGGGGUUGGCCUAGAUGACCCUCCAAGAUCCCUUCCACUUCUACGAUUCUGUGUUUGGGCUCCUGUAAUACAAUUCUCACUGGGCAGGUUUGUCACUUUCCUCGGAGGCUUUUAAUGUUUGUUUGUCACGCCGCUGCAGAUGACGACCGUGGAAUCGUACAUGGUUGUGCUUUUGGAGAAAUUCCCCGAUGGGCAACAGUCCUGAACAAGCUGUAGGCACUGAGAGCACAUCCCCAGUCCUUAUUGGUCAGUGCCCCUUUUUAUCUUAAUGCAGGGAUGACUAACCUGUAGCUCCCUGGAUACUUCUGGGCUUCAUUUCCCAUCAGCUCCACCCAUCAUGGCUAUUGGGCCAGGGAUAAUGGGCAACAUCUGGAGGACCACAGGUUCCCCCCUCUGCAGAUUUAGUGGGAAAGGAAAGAAGGCUGGAUGAAACCAACAAUACUUGCCUGCACACACCCAGCCUUACUUUCUUAUAAUAAAAGUAAGACCUUGAAAAUCAGUAACUUAGAAAACUAAAUUUAAAAGCAUACUUCUCUGCGGAUUUAGAUGACAGAUUAUAGCUGCUUCCCUGUUCCUCUUUAGCUGCACAAUUUGGCAGUGGGAAAGGAAUGAGUUCUUUUACAUUUCAGCAUAUGAGUAAAAUUAACAAAGUUGACUGCACUAUUCUCAUACUGAAGGAGGCAACCAUUCAGACCCAAGCAGCCUGCACUUGUAUUGCUUCCAGCUCAACCCUGCCACUAUGCAACUGUUGAGCAGCUUGAAAAAUAAUACUAACUGGAAUGAAUUGGACAUGGGUGCUGGGGAGGUCUUGCUUUGGCCAGUGAUGUGGAAUUUGUGACCCUUCAGAUGGACUACAUUUCCUCCCACUUUUGCUGAUGUUUGACAUUGCAGCUUGAAACCUCUGAGCAGCUUUAUUUAUUGACAUGUGGUUGUUUUUUUCUGAAUUAGAAUGCAGGUGGUACAGAAAGGAAGGAUGAAUGAGCACACAUUUGCCAUCCCCACCAAUCCAAUCCCACCCCCUUUAGUCUUUUUACUGUCAGACCCUUGACAAGGACCUUUAUUAUUAUUAUUUUAAAUUCUGGUUGAGAAAGAAAGACCUGAGCAAGAAGAGAUUAUGGUGUCAAUUAAUCCCAGGGGCUCCUUACAACUGAAUAAUGUUGGAACUGAAAGAGUAAUUUUCAGUGCCAGCAUGUCUUUUAACAACUUAACAUUUGGAAUAACAAAUGAGACAUCCCUUGUAUUUCCAUACCUUAUAGUUGGACAGAAUGAACAAAGACUUACUGGAUUUAAACUGCCAUGAAGAAACAAAACAAAAGCCAACAACCCAAUUUAUUUUGCAACGUGCCAGCUAGAGAGAAAAUUGCCCAUGUCUCAUUUUCACUGUGAUGAAUUUCCAGACUGAUGGACAGUACAGAAAAGGUCUAACACCUAAGCCGCUUUCACUCGCUAUAUCUACACUGCACAGAUAGGCUUUUCUUACUCGGAUAUCCACACUCAGCACGUGGAAGUCAGAGGGAAGGGAUGAUUGGGGAGCCAUGUAGUACUCCCACCCAAUGGUCCCUGUGUUGUAAGCUGGAAGAGUAAGGGUCUGCUGGAAGAUGAUUCCAGAUUUUGAAGCAGUGAUGAGGAAUAGCAACAUGGAGGACAAACUUUGCCUCCAGUUUAGUUUUCCGAACUCUGAAAAAUCUGACAGCCUUUUUAGGUUACACUCCUGCUGUCAUUCUUUCAGUAUUGUUAAUUGUGUGCUCAUCUUUAGAAAAACCCUUUCUGCUUUUCUCCACUUUCGUCUUUGCUCAGACUCCCAGUGCAUGGUGGGUUUUUGCUCUUAAGAACAGAACCACUUUGCCAUCCUAGCUCAUGUACAUUUGACUUUAGGACACACUGGGCAUCAUGGAAUUGGUAAAAUGGCAGGAUUAUGGUGUGGCGUUACAGAAAAAGGGCAAAAUACAGCACAAAUACAGCUGGUUUGGUACAAGGCGGUGACAGUAUUGCAAGAUUGCAGAUGCUGAGAGUAAUACAGCAUUCUCAUUAAAUUAAAUUUGAGGCAGCAACCAGUACUUCCUGGUCUAGAUUAAACUCGUAGUAGAUUCAGGAAAACAAGCAUUUUGGAACACACACAGUCAUAACAUGGUGGAUUGGGGGGUGGCUUGUGUCAGGUGUCAAUAUUUGGGGGCACCUGCCAAGGUCCAUUACUGUAGCAGUGGGCACUGAUAACCCCCACAAUCUCCACAUGGAGCUGGGAAUGGCUCCCAUCUGAAACCCUGGAGACCCAUAACCAGCUAGUGUAGAGUCUAGACAAUACAGACCUAGAUGGUAGUGUCUGACUCAGUACAGUGGUACCUCUAGUUACAAACUUAAUUCGUUAUGGAGGUCCAUUCUUAACCUGAAACUGUUCUUAACCUGAGGUACCACUUUACCUAAUGGGGCCUCCCACUGCUGCCGUGCCACCGGCGCGUGAUUUCUGUUCUCAUCCUGAGGUAAAGUUCUUAAUCCGAGGUACUACUUCCAGGUUAGCGGAGUCUGUAACCUGAAGUGCCUGUAACCCGAGGUGUUUGUAACCCAAGGUACCACUGUAGAAGGCAGCUUCCUAUAUGCCUAACCUGCACACAGAUGAUGUGCUACACUAGGUGGUACACCAACUCCCUCUACCCACACCCUUUCCAGAAACCUGCAAGAGCUAACAACUUCUGGUAAAAUUGUAUUUGGGGCAAUGGUUUAUUAAUCAAGAGGUGUCUGGUACAGUGGUACCUCGGGUUACAAACACUUUGGGUUACAGACUCCGCUAACCCGGAAGUAGGACCUCGGAUUAACUUUGCCCCAGGAUGAGAACAGAAAUUGCAUGGUGGCAGCACGGUGGUGGCAGCGGGAGGUCCUACUAGCUAAAGUGGUACCUCAGGUUAAGAACGGUUUCAGGUUAAGAACAGAACUCUGGAACGAAUUAAGUUCAUAACCAGAGGUACCACUGUAAUUACGAUUUUUAUCUUAAUAUAGCUUUUGAUAAGCCAUUGCUCUUAAAACCAGCAUUGGCCCAGAGAAGAAGGCCUCAUUUAUUUGUGUUCCAUUUUCCUUUAGCCUUGAGUUAAUUAGGUACCGUAUUUUUUGCUCUAUAAGACUCACUUUUUCCCUCCUAAAAAGUAAGGGGAAAUGUGUAUGCGUCUUAUGGAGCGAAUGCAGGCUGCGCAGCUAUCCCAGAAGCCAGAAACAGCAAGAGGGAUCGCUGCUUUCGCUGCGCAGCGAUCUCUCUUGCUGUUCUGGCUUAUGAGAUUCAGAAUAUUUUUUUUCUUGUUUUCCUCCUCCAAAAACUAGGUGCGUCUUGUGGUCUGGUGCGUCUUAUAGAGCGAAAAAUACGGUAUAUUCAUCUUUACCGCUCCUUCACCUGGUGUGGAGGGCCCUUUUCCUCUUGAAAGCGAAGCGAUGUUAAAGUUGCUACUUAUUUAUUAGCACUCCCGACCAGAGCAGAGUGUACCAGAAUGGGAUGAAAUUACCCAGAGGUCUGGUGUGAUAGUGAAUCUUCUAAGGAACAUUAAGUGUAUCUUAGCAACCACAUGCAUCAAGGUUUGCAAUCCCAGAGCAGGUAUUAGCACCAUAUUAGAUGUACCUAUUACUGGAAGGCCCAUCCUGUUGUAAGAGCAGCUCACUCCUUGACUGAGAGGAGUCAAGGAAGGGACAGUGAGUCCUUCCCCCAGUGCCAAAUUGCACAACCAGUUUUUAUGGUUGUGGUUAUUUGUGGUUAUUUAAGUGAAGGGAACCAAAAAAAUAUAGUCCAAAGUCAUUUCAGCAAAGAACAGCAUUCUAAUGCUGGCACAUAGUGUAAUAAGUAUAUAGUAAACACUCUGUCCUGUGGACCAAAUGACAUCUUUUAACUGGAGUCUCAAAUGUAUGCCAUAGGAUUUAACACAGCUCUCCUAUGCACAGUGCAGGAGAUUUUAAUAUUGUAUUUUAAAAUUUUAAAAUACAAUUUUAAUAUUGCAUUGUAUUUUAAUAUUUUGCUGGAAGCUGCCCAGAGUGGCUGGGAAAACCCAGCCAGAUGGGCAGGCUAUAAAUAACAAAAUUAUUAUUAUUAUUAUUAUUAUUAUUAUUAUUAUUAUUUAGCUGCAUGCAUUGACAUGCAUCCUCUAUUUAUUUAUUAUUGGCUUUAUUCUUCAUUUCUAUACGAAAUGCUAUUCAUCAUUUGAGACUAGCAAUUUAUUUAUCAAAUAUUCUGUUACUGGUGAUCAUCCAUUCCUCGUGGUAUCAAAAUCCACAGUUAUUAUUUUUAUGUGAUUAGCUUGCCUAACAACUAGUGAUUCCUGAUCUUAGUAAGUAGUUCUGUUUUCCUUUCUUUUCAAAUUCAUUCUUUCAUGCUUUUUGCUGGAGUUGAAAUAUAUAAUAUUGUCUCUUAAUCAUGAAUAUGUCUGAUGGGUUUUAGAAAGCUACAGGGUUCAAUAAGCCAAUGAAUGUAAAGGUAGGAAAUGUAAAUGUAGGAAAAAGAGUUCAUUAGUCAUGCCUACCACCAUUAUUUACUAGCCUUCUUAUUACCACCUGUGGAUAUAUAUUUUUAAUAUUCCCAUGUAGAUAAAUGUCAUUUUGAUGCCAUUUAAUACUAAUUCUGAAGCUAUUUGAAACCCAAGAACCCUUACUGAUCCAAAAAAAUGCAACAUCUCUUCUGGCAUAUUUUGUUGCCUAUCACUGCUGCACUUGAUUUUGUAUGGUUCCUCAAAUUGUUAUAUAUAAACUUUGACAACAGUAUAUUUUUCUUCUUAAUAUGCCAAUCUUUGAAAUUCAAUUUCCCCUUCAAUUAAUGACAUAUUUUUUGUUUAGCACAGUAUGACCUAACCUUCAAAUACUGCAAAAAGGAGAGCUUCUCUUUCAUUAUAUCUGAACAGUAGGAGUAGGCAACAGACAGAUUGUGAAAGUGGGCUGCAAGUAAUCCCUGUAACCCCAUGAGUGGCUUAGUUGUCUAUCAGAACUGAUUUCUGGAACAUUACUUUUCAUCUCUUUCAUUAGGAACAAAUUAGGAAGCACCUGGACCGCGUAA